CAGCAAGCUACAGCAACACAAGGAUAUGCUUAACAAGCGCAACAUGGAGGUGACCAUGAUGGACAAGCGUAUUGGGGACCUCAGAGAGCGUCUCUACAAGAAAAAAGCAGAGCUUGGCCGAAUGAGUGGUCCUCCCUCCCCUCAGCCCACCCCAGGCAGUUCCGGGCGAGUGGCAGCAGUCUGUCCCUACAUCCAGGUCCCAGUGCCCGGGCGUCAGGAAGGAGGCUACAGUUUACCGCCUGAUCCCCUGAAGCCACAGUCUCUCUCCACCUCUGCUACAAUCAACCAUGCUCGCUCCAAGUCAGGUCAGUCUUUCAUCCUCUACUUUUGCAUUUGUUGCCUUCCAGGACUGUAAUAAAAAAAAACUACAGGAAUUCUGGAGGUUUGUCCAAAGAAUGCUUCGUUGAGAACACUCUUGUUGCUCUCACACAGAAAACAUUCAUACA